GAGCACACACAUCCCCAUUACCAGUGCUUCCUUCACAGAAGAGCCUGGAGGAGUUGACUGCAAGAUAUAAACAGGGAAUAAUACACCCAGUGUCUGCCUUGCAUCAGUUUGCCCAAAUGCACCACAUGUCAGUUGAAUUGAAGGAAACUAGUCUGGCAGGCAAUAUCAUAAGGCCUUAUUUUGCCUUUUGUGCUGUGGUAAAUGAUAUUUCCUACAAGAUUGGGCUGGGAAGUACCAAGAAGGAAUCCAAAAAGAAUGCAGCUAAAUUUGCUCUUGCUCAGCUACUUAACUUGGAGAACCCAGGGGCAAAGCCUUCUGAAAAUUCAGAUUUUCCCUGUGUUCCUGCCAGCCUUCAUACUCCAGCAAUCUCUGCUUGUGCUUCAAGGACCUGAGGACAGCUGCACGUAUAUCAAAAGUUUUCACAAACACUUGAAGAAGUAUUUAACAGCCUGAUUGCCAAACACCCUGAGUACCAAGGCUGUGGCAGUUCUCUGGCUGCUUUCAUCAUUGAAAAAGGUGGACAGCAUGAAGUGGUAGCUCUGGGAACGGGAGACUGUAAUUACAGCCGGCUCUCGGAACCGUGUGGCAGAGUGGUGCAUGACAGCCAUGCCAUUGUCACUGCCAGGCGCUCCCUGCUUCGGUAUUUGUAUAGACAUCUUUUGCUGUUUUAUGAUAAAAACCCAGCAAAGACAGAGAGAUCCAUAUUUUACACAGCCCCAGGCUCGAAGCUGCUUACCCUAAAGCAAAAUACAACUCUGUCCCUCUACAUGAACCAGCUGCCCAAAGGAACUGCUCAGUUGAAGUCAGAGCUACAUCUCAGUCCACAAUCUCUACCUGCUUAUGAAGCCAGUGAAGACCUGAGUCUCCAUGUUGCUAUAGAUGGCAGGAUUUACCUGGCUGUUUGUUGUUCAUCGAAAACUGUCAGAGUGAAGAGCAUGUCAGCUAGUGACAAGCUGACAAAAUGGGAAGUGGUUGGUGUUCAGGGAGCAUUGUUGAGUCACUUCAUUGAGCCAGUGUAUAUCAAGAAUAUUCUUGUGGGAGAUGGAAAUUGUAAGGAUACAAGAGGACUAGAAAUAACUAUAAAGCAGCGUCUCGAUGAUGAACUGACAUCAAAGCUUCCCAUGCCUUACGUGGUCAACAGAUCUCAUAUUUACUUGGUGAAAGCUGCACAUCCAGUUGAAACAGAUUUAAACCAGAGGAAUCUUAGCUUGAACUGGGCAUUGUCAGAUGCAACCCUGGAGGUUGUGAAUGUUGUAAAUGGAAGAACCUCUGAAAGCUCCCCAUUCAAGAGUGGCACUUACAUGGCAAGUCGCCUCUGCAAGGCAGCAAUGUUCAGUCGCUUCAAGGCGCUCGCCAGGGAAGCAGGACGCAGUGAUUUGCUCGACAUGGCAACAUACCGUGGAGCUAAGAUUGAAUCUCAGUUGUACCAAGAAGCUAAAUCGUUGCUGCAGACAAAAUUAGAGGAGCACGGUUAUGGGUCCUGGAUUAUGAAGUCUCCACAUAUUGAGCAGUUCAGUGACUGA